ACCAGGACCCGUAUCUAGCCAAGUCCGACUCCGAAGUCGGUGGAUUCGACCAAGUACAGAAAAAAUGUCUGUCAGAAGGUUGCACACUGGAGGAACCGAGGCUAUGUCCACCAACAUUUAAAUAACCGCUGCUAAUUAAUCUCACAGGACAACAGGACUUCCACACAGUCGUAGUAGCCUAAUUUGACCAACACUGCUGUAUUUAAUUCAGAGGUGGCGACAGUCAAAACCUAUGGUGGACGGAUAACCAGCUAGUCUCCAAAGUAGACGGGACGCCUGUAGUGGGCUCGGAAAGGUAGAGCGCUCGUUCUUGGGGAUGUUAUCCGUACUCUCUUAUAGCAGACUGGUUGCGAGAGCUGUCCUCGGCGGACUAUCUCAAACGGAUGGUCGGGACUACAGCUUGAUCACAGCUAGUUGUGGUUUUGGGAAAGACUUUCGUAAGGGCAUCUUGAAGAAAGGGAUGUGCUACGGAGACGAUGCCUGUUUCAUAGCCAGAAAUAGGUCCGCAGAUGUCUUGGGUGUAGCCGACGGCGUGGGGGGCUGGCGGGACUACGGCGUGGACCCGUCCCAGUUCUCCACCACCCUGAUGAGGACGUGUGAGCGCCUGGUGAAGGAGGGUCGCUUCACGCCCAGCAGCCCGGUGGGGAUCCUCACCUCGGGCUACUAUGAGCUCCUACAGAACAAAGUCCCGCUGCUCGGGAGCAGCACGGCCUGUAUUGUGGUCCUGGACAGGCAGCGCCACCGACUGCACACGUGCAACCUGGGGGACUCGGGCUUCCUGGUGGUGCGCGGAGGAGAGGUGGUGCACCGCUCGGACGAACAGCAGCACUACUUCAACACUCCCUUCCAGCUGUCCAUCGCUCCCCCCGGGGCCGAGGGGGUGGUCCUCAGCGAUAGCCCAGAGGCAGCUGACAGUUCCUCGUUUGACGUACAGCUGGGUGACAUCAUCCUCACCGCCACUGACGGCCUCUUUGACAACAUGCCAGACUACAUGAUCCUUCAAGAGCUAAAGAAACUCAAGAGCACCAACUACGACAGCAUCCAGCAGACGGCCCAGAGCAUCGCCAAGCAAGCCCACGAGCUGGCCUACGACCCCAACUACAUGUCCCCGUUUGCACAGUUCGCCUGCGCCAACGGCCUGAACGUCCGAGGGGGAAAGCCUGACGACAUCACGGUGCUGCUGUCCAUCGUGGCAGAAUACACAGACUAACGGCACGCGCCAGUGUGCUUUGGCCGGACUGUUCCUUCUGCCCCCCCGAGUCUUCCACGCCUUCGACCCCUCUAAUGUGCUCUGGUGCUUUCUGGGGUGUGGAGCCAGAUUGCCACCCCCCCCCCCCCCCCUCUCUCUCUCUCUCUCUCUCUCUCUCUCUCUCUCUCUCUCUCUCUCUCUCUCUCUCUCUCUCUCACUGCUCCCCAGUGUGCUGUGUGGGGGCAGACAAGGGCAUCUACUCCUGUGCUGGUCAUGAUACAGGAGGAACAGAGUGGCUCACCAUUGUUGCAUCUUCAACAUCAAUUGCAUCCCCUCCCUUCAUCGGUACUGUGACUGAGGGAUAGUGAAGUGAACUGGGAGGGAUGGUACUAGAAUGUAGCCCCUCAUCUCGCCACAAUAGUAAUACAAGUGGAAUAAAGCCAUGGUUUAGGGUUCGCUUGUGUCGGCGUCGCGUAAGUUGUGCGCACGCAUGUGUAAUGGUUGUUGGACUGUGUCGUCGUAGGUGAAAGUGAAGGACAAAAUGUUUGGGGGGGGAGAUCAAAAGGACUUGUUAAGCUUAAUUUAUACUUCGGUCGCGGACACCUUUGAAAUGGUCGCCAACGAAAAAAAAAAAAGUGUCGCUCAGGCUGCUGCAUUUAUACUUCGGCAAACAGUCGCCUGUGCUCAAGGUUCGCGUGACGUAAACAGAAUCAUUUUACCGUUACAUUCAUAGCUAUGGUUACAUUGUUAACGCUUUGUAGCCUAGGUGAUCAAUCGGAGAAACUGACAAUUUAAAUUUUUCACUAUGUGACGACAUCCGCGCCAGUAGAAAUUUCUCCUGGUAGGCGACACUUCUAAGCGACGGUUAAAAGUGUCGACCGAGACGUCAUUUCUGUCGGCGACCUUUUCAAAAGUGUCUGCGACCUAAGUAUAAAUUGGGCUUUAGGCUGGCUCGCGUGCUGUUUGGGGUGGGAUGUUUGUUCCGUGCUGGAGGGAGGCCUUGGUAUGGUUGAGUGAUGAAAGGGUAGGGUUAUGUGUUCGUUGCCAGUUUGUCAUUUGGCCUGUUUACCAGAGAAGGAAGGGCAGACCAAUAGGGGUUGAACGUGAAGUGGGUGCUGUCUGUAAAUGUCUGUCUGUAAAUGUCUGUCUGAAUGCACACCUCCUUAUGGGUUUGUAUAUAUUGUUUGUCAUAUAACGGUGGGUGCAUUCACAUGGUCACGGCAAAGGUAAUCAAAGCAAGAGGUGUUCACAUCACACGUGCUAGAUGUGUACACAAAUAUGAAUUUAUUUAUCGACACUGUUUUCAGAGGAUUGAACCUUGAAGUAAAUAUUCUCAAUCUCUCUUCCAUGGGCCAUAAGAAUCAAAACGGGAAGCGCUGUGGAUUGUGGUUUUGACGGCGCUCGAUGGUGUCAUGUCGGAAACGUUUGCGUGUGCGAGUUUGGAAUGUGUCGUCUCUUGCUGUUGGAGAUGGAUGACGGGCAUCUGGGAAUGCUUUGAAUUCAAAUAGGUCAGGUCUGAAUCACAAAGGAUUUAUUUUUGUAACUUAAUGUGAUAUCGUUUUCAAGAGUAUGAUAAUAAAAAAAUAAAAAUUGUAGUAAAAGCGUGACAGACUCUCAGCAUGACUUGAAUUUUUGGCUAGUAGAAUCAUACUAAUUGGCCUCAACAAGAAUUGGGUGUGGUAUGUGUAAUGGCUGUCAACCUUUUUCACCUGUCUCAUAAUAAUGAUUACUCGCUGCUUCUAUUUUGUAAAUCUGAUGUGUGUGUAACUACAUUAUUUAAGUAAACAAACGGUCAAGAUUGUAUCAUGUUUGGAUGUGCGUGCUGUAUUUAAUUCUUGCUUAUGCAAGGACAUUGAUCAUACUGUUCUGGUCUCGGUGUCCCACCGGUUCUUAACCCUCAAACUGCCCUUUUUUUUGUAAUGUGUACUUAAUGCACUGACUUGUGAGGUCUUGGUCAAUGCCGCACUUUUCCAAGCCAGUGCAUAAACAAACUUAGCUCAGGAUUGUCAUCGUUCAUUCUGUGCUGGGGGGGAAACAUAGUAAAUAUUACCAUUACAUAAUUCCGAUUGGUUUACGAAAUUGUGUAUGUCAUUAGGAAAGCAAAUGCAUUAGUCAUGUGGCUGUGAGGUUUUAUUGAAUGGCAGCCAGGCAACUAAGAUGUCUUUUGUGCCUAAAGCAAUGUUACCAGAACAGUGAUUGAAUCAUGAUCAUGGCGUUUAGAUGUGAGUGACUGGUGAUCACAGUGCUGUUUUUUUGCUGAGUGUUUGAUCAAACCAAAGAAGGAAAGCCAUAAGCACAGGCGUGACCAGGGCACUGUGUUGUAAGCCUUGCUGUCAAUGGAGAUAACUGUCACUGUAUUGUUCCACUUGUGGUGGUUAAGCAUACAAAUAUUUCCCAAAACAUUUUAAAAGCAUCAUCUACAGAUCAAUGGUUUGCAAGAACAUUAAAUAUAUACAUUUGGUUUGUUCAUUU